AUGCCUGACAAAGACGCUGGAACACCUCGAGUCUUUCUGAUUAGACAUGGCGAGACAGAAUGGUCGAUGACAGGCCGCCAUACUGGACGAACAGACAUCCCCUUGACAGCGAAUGGAGAAAAUCAGGUUCUGGCGUCAGGACAGCUUCUCGUCGGCUCCGGCAAAAUCAUUGACCCGGCUAGACUUGUGCGUGUCUUUGUUAGUCCCCGAAUUCGGGCACAAAAGACUUAUGACCUUUUGUUUGAAAACUCGCAUCACUCAAGUAUGAAAGGGAAGGUGGAAACAUCGGAAAAUAUUCGCGAAUGGGAAUACGGGGCCUACGAAGGGCUUCUAACGGCCCAGAUUAGAGCGUCGCGUAAAGAGCGGAAGCUAGAUGUUACCCAGCCCUGGAACAUUUGGCUUGAUGGCUGCGAGGACGGCGAAUCACCAGCAGAGGUUCGUGAUCGACUUGAUGAGUUAAACACCCGAAUCAGAGAUCUUCAUCAACCUAAUAUGCUAGGAGAGCAGCCUGCAGAUGUAGUCAUAAUUGCACACGGGCAUAUUCUGAGGGCGUUCGCAAAGCGUUGGAUCGGAUACGAACUCGGAAUAAGCCUACCCCUGAUGCUCGAGCCUGGUGCGAUUGGUGUCUUGUCGUAUGAACAUCAUAGGAUAGACGAGCCUGCCCUGCUUCUCGGUAUAAAUAUGGGCGAGUUCAAGUAG